AUGAUCUGCAGUGAAAAUAAAUCGAAAAAUAAGAUAAAAGUUCGUGUGAAACGUCAGUUACAUCCAAACGACCAAUGGAUUCCAAUUGGAACAGGAAACCGUUAUAAAGGAAAAUGGAAUCACAGAACGAUGUCCGGAGAUGGAGUAUACGUCAUGCAAAAUGGAACUGUCUAUGAGGGCAAUUUUGACGACGGAAGGUUUCACGGAGAUGGCACUAUGUACUAUUUAUCAGGAUCCCGGAUUGAGGGAGUUUGGGAAAAAGGAAAAUGUGUACAACAAAAUUACAUAUUCAGCGACGGUCUCAGAUUUCAGCAGAAUAAUUGGCAGUACUGUAAGGUGCCAGAUAGAAGAUUUGCCAUUGAACAUACCAACGGUUUUCAACCAGCUGCUAGGAGUUAUAUUACCAAUCGGCAGCCCACGAUAGAAGUGCCGGAUGGAGCAUAUGACGCCGGUGAUGGAUUUUACUGGCCACUUACGAACACUGUACACGAUUACUACACAAACGAGCUGAUUAGGGUCCCGACGGAAGAAUGCAGUAAUUGGAUUAUUGAAAACUGUCAUCGAGGUGGCAAAAGAGUGGUAGGUUUUCGACCUGAGCUGUACAAAAAUUGGUACGGUACAGCAGGAUCAAAUGAAGGAAGAUCUAUGACUGCAGACAACAAUAUAUCUUCUGAAGAAAUCAUCCACUACAACCAAUCUAUUAUGGCCGAAGUCAAAUCAUCUCCUUGGUUGGUUUUUUCUCUACAAAGCAUAGCACAGUCGGAAAAAGAACAAUCUCCAUUGGACCAAUUGUCAUCGUCAUCAUCGUCAGAGAGCUUCCAACUAAGCCGUUGCCAAAGGACCUUGAGAUUGACUGACAGUGUGCCUACAAAUUACAACUGACGUCGAAAGUAUUGAUAAUUGCUAAAUCACUGCCAAGCGGUGACCACUUAAAAAUAACAAAAAUCAAAUCAAAUUUUAGAUAAAUAGUUUACCAUCAUUAUACUAAUCUAGACAUAACUAUUCCAAUAUUUCAAGUACAGAUAAGUCAAAUUUAAAAAACUGUGUUUCGAGUUUGUAUUUCUUCUUUUGAUGAUGAUUCUAUAAGGAUAAAAUUAUUGUUAUGGUAUAAUAUUGUAGUACAUGUUAUGAUUACAAUAUUGUCAAUAAUAUAUUAUGCAAUAUAAUAUAAUAUUUAAAUAAAAACUGAGCAUAUAGUAUUAAAGCCAACACUCUUAGUUGGGAUAUGUACUGCAGAGUCAAGCACGCAUGAGUUAAAUGUAAAAAUCAAUUUUUGAAGGAUCUUGAUUUUGACUAUUU